UGCUGUGAGCAGGACUGGAAAAGACAUCUACACUGAAGUAAAACUGGAAAUAAGACAAGAAUGGUGCUGUGUGAAGUCAAAGAACAUGAGCGGCAUUGUGGGACGUGCAGUAACUCUGCAGUGUCCUUAUCCACCACAACACCAGAACAACAGGAAGUUCCUCUGCAAAGGAGAAAAACACAACAGCUGCACAGAUAUGUUGAGUCAAAACAGGUUUACACUGCACAAUGUUUCCUCCAGCUCUUACUUGGUCACAAUCAAGGACCUGGAAGCAGGUGAUGCUGGGACGUACUGGUGUGGAUCAGAUGCACAGUGGAGUGUUGGAAACUACACCAAGAUUUAUCUGUCAGUAGAAUGGUGCUGUGUGAAGUCAACGAACAUGAGCGGCAUUGUGGGACGUGCAGUAACUCUGCAGUGUCCUUAUCCACCACAACACCAGAACAACAGGAAGUUCCUCUGCAAAGGAGACAAACACAACAGCUGCACAGAUAUGAUGAGUCAAAGCAGGUUCACACUGCACAAUGACGUGAACAGAUCUUUCUUGGUCACAAUCAAGGACCUGGAAGCAGGUGAUGCUGGGACGUACUGGUGUGGAUCAGAUGCACAGUGGAGUGUUGGAAACUACACCAAGAUUCAUCUGUCAGUAGAUGCAGUUCUUUAUGUGGUUUUCUAUGUACCUGGUGUGCUGCUGCUGAUGCUGACAUUUGUUCUGGUCAUAGUUUAUAAGCGCAAAUGUAACAGAGACAGAGGAAACAAAAACCAGCCCAAAACUGUGAACCCAGUGAUGGCUUUAGAAGAUACUUAUAUAGAGUGUUAAUGCACUCAUAGAUGAACAGCUGUUAACAUCCAGAUGAUGCUGAUGAGGUCCGACCGUACAACGGAAACUUCACUUAAGAGCAAUUCUACAACAAUGACUUUCAGAGUAAAGUUAAUAAAUAAAGAAGACUGUCUUGUUAGAAUACGUUUACAUUGACUUUAAAUACUUGUUUUCAUUUGCAAUAACUUUUAUUGAUUAGUGUUUAAAAAGAACAAUCUGCACUGAUUUAUUGAAAUCCUGGGUUAUUUAAUAUAAACACCCAAACUAAAAAGUUACCUGAUUGUUUGUGCUGUAAUAAACAUGUAAUAAACAAAAGUCAGUGAGACGUAAAUGUAAUUCCUUUAGUCAAUGUCUUUGCAUCUUAAUCAUCCUCAUUAAAUUUUGAGGUGUGACACAGCUGCAUCAUCGAACCCCUGUUUUGCUGCAACCUGCAGCUUUAGAUAAAAGUGUUUGUGACAACAUUUAAAUUUAUAACUCCAGUUUAAAAUGCAGGAUGCAUGAAUCACACUUCCUUCAUACAGUAUCUUUGUGUAUCUGUAAGGCUUCUUGAAUAAACGUUUUUCAAUCA